CACCGUUCGAGUUGCAGGCGCAGAAGGGAUCACCCCACCCCUCUCAGGCCAUCGUUUACUGUAUGUAAUGUAAGCCUUUUCGAAUUCUUAUCUUUCACAACACAACUGUCUCCAUUCCCGCACUAACCGACGCGCGCCGCCGCCGCCGCCGCCGCCGCCGUAACCUCAAUCUCCGAACAACUCACUUGCUUCAAAUUUCAAUUCCUGUCUCUCCGCGCUUAUCUUCUACUACAUUCCAACUGUUAGUAAAAUAGGGUUUGCUUCGGUUAGGGUUUCUUCCUCAGAUGGAUAACGCCCGAUCAGCGAACGGCGAGGAGAAUGCGGCGGGAAUCCCGGACGAUUUGCGGUGCAAGAGGUCCGACGGGAAGCAGUGGCGGUGCACGGCGAUGUCGAUGCCGGACAAGACCGUCUGCGAGAAGCACUACAUCCAGGCAAAGAAGCGCGCCGCGAAUUCCGCUAUGAGAGCGAAUCUCAAGAAAGCGAAGAGGAAGUCGCAGUCGCUGUCGCUGAACGAGUCCGAUAAUGUUUAUAUGGAGAGCAAGAGCGACGAUUUCGAUGUUCCUCUCUCCUCCAUUGGCCUCUCUCAGAAGAAGCUCUCCAAGAACCAGUUCCGCUACGAGCCGGAGCGCGACGCGCCGCGAAGAGGCUCGUCCGCGAGACGCUCUUCGAACCUCAACGACGAUGAUGAUGAUGACGAUGACGACGACGUGGAUGGGGAUGCGGAUGCUGAUGUGGCGCUCUAUGAGGAAGAGAAUUGGGUCUCCUGUGACUCGCCGCCGGAUUCUUCGCGCAAGAGGUCGCGGAGGAGCUUGGAAGCUAAUGCUACCACUGAAUAUUCGGACGGAACCUCCGCCGGUUCUUCCGACGAGGACACCGGCGGGCAGACUUGUCACCAGUGCCGGAGGAAUGACCGCGACCGAGUUACUUGGUGUCAACGGUGUGAUAGGAGGGGAUAUUGUGAUAGCUGUUUAUCAACAUGGUACUCGGACAUUUCAUUGGAUGAAAUUCAGAGGAUAUGUCCUGCUUGCCGGGGUAUAUGUAAUUGCAAGACUUGUUUGCGAAGUGAUAAUUCAAUUAAGGUUCGGAUACGCGAGAUACCUGUUCUAGAUAAGUUACAGUAUCUCCAUGUGCUGCUGUCGUCUGUGCUACCUGUGGUAAAGCAGAUCCACUGUGAACAGAGUUUUGAAGUUGAACUUGAAAAGAAGUUGCGUGGUGCUGAAAUAGAUCUUCCAAGGAUAAAAUUGAACUCAGAUGAGCAGAUGUGCUGCAAUUUCUGUAGGAUACCUAUUACUGAUUAUCAUCGACGCUGUCCAAGUUGUUCAUAUGAUUUGUGCCUUAGUUGCUGUCGAGAUCUUCGAGAAGCAACUGCAGAUCACAAUAAAGAACCCCAAACAGAGCAAGCAAAAACUUCUGAUCGAAAUAUAUUAAGUAAAUUUCCUCAUUGGAGAUCCAAUGACAAUGGAAGUAUUCCAUGUCCCCCUAAGGAGUGUGGUGGCUGUGGUUAUUCUUCACUAAAUUUAAGCCGGAUUUUCAAGAUGAACUGGGUUGCAAAGUUGGUGAAAAAUGUAGAGGAAAUGGUUAGUGGCUGCAGAAUUAGUAAUGCCGAUGGUCCACCGGAAACCGGGCUGAAUGAUCUGAAACUUUGCCAAUAUUCUCACAGAGAAGCCAGUGAUGAUAAUUAUCUUUAUUGCCCAGCAUCCGACGAUAUCAAAACUGAUGGGAUUGACAAUUUUAGAAAGCAUUGGAAAACUGGUGAGCCCAUUAUUGUUAAGCAAGUAUUUGAUGGGUCAUCCAUUUCAAGCUGGGAUCCAAUGGUCAUAUGGAGAGGGAUUCUAGAGACAAUAGAUGAGAAAGCGAAAGAUGAAAACCGGAUGGUUAAGGCCAUAGAUUGCUUAGAUGGGUCUGAGAUUGAUAUUGAGCUUGCUCAGUUCAUGAAAGGAUACUUUGAAGGGCUUAUUCUUGAAAAUGGUUGGCCACAGUUAUUGAAAUUGAAAGAUUGGCCUUCACCUAGUGCUUCUGAAGAAUUUCUGUUGUACCAAAGACCUGAGUUUAUCAGCAAACUACCUUUACUUCAGUAUAUUCACUCCAAGUGGGGCCUUCUCAAUGUUGCAGCUAAAUUGCCUCAUUACUCCUUGCAGAAUGAUGUAGGACCCAAGAUAUAUAUAUCUUAUGGGAUUAGUGAUGAACUUGGUAGAGGUGAUUCAGUGACAAAUCUCCACUUCAAUAUGCGUGACAUGGUGUACCUUUUGGUUCAUACAAAUGAAGUAAAGCUGAAGGACUGGCAGAGAACUAAAAUUGAAAUGAUGCAAAAAGCUAAAGCUAAUAAGGAAUUUGAGGCAAAAGAAUCACAUGGGGAUCCUCAAAUAUCUUCAAGGGGGAGUUCACCUGAUUCCUCACUUGGUACAAAAAGUAGUGGACUGGAAAUAGACUCAAACCAGAAUAAGUCAAUUAUGGAUCAAGGGUUUGAAAUUUAUUCUAGUGCUGAAGGUAAUACGGCCAAUUGUAAACUUCCAUUCAAUCAAAAUGGAGACGUCUCUGAGAAAACACAUCCUGGAGUUCUUUGGGAUGUUUUUCGUCGGCAGGAUGUUCCAAUAUUGACUAAAUAUUUGAAAAUACAUUGGAAGGAAUUUGGGAAGUCAGAUGAUCUUGGAAAUGAAUUUGUUGAAUGGCCUCUUUAUGAUGGAGCUAUUUUUCUUGACAAACACCAUAAAAGAAAGUUGAAGGAAGAAUUUGGAGUGGAGCCUUGGUCAUUUGAACAGAAUUUGGGGGAAGCUAUUUUUGUUCCUGCUGGUUGCCCUUUCCAAGCAAGGAAUGUUCAGUCCAAUGUUCAGUUAGGCCUUGAUUUCUUAUCUCCGGAAAGCGUGGGUGAUGCUGUAAGAUUGGCAGAGGAAAUUCGCUGUGUACCUAAUGAACAUGAAGCAAAGCUUCAAGUUUUGGAGGUUGGGAAGAUCUCCCUUUAUGCAGCAAGUUCAGCCAUCAAAGAAGUUCAAAAACUUGUACUUGACCCAAAACUUGGCGCCCAGAUCGGUUAUGGAGAUCCUAAUUUGACUGCAAUGGUUUCCGAGAAUUAUGAGAAGAUGGUUAAGCGGAGGCAGAUUACUUGUGCUUGAACUUCCACACUCGGUCAUUGAAUCCGGAAAGAGGGGGGAUUGUGUACAUUAGUUGUAUUUGAGCAAUAUUUUAUGGGUUGGUAUUUUCAGUGUAGUUUUGAUCAAAUACCUAGGUAAUCAUUUAAAUGUGUAUAAUAGUUACGUUAGAGAAUCAUGUAAUGACCAACUUCAAAUCUGAUUUUAUUUCAAAAUGUGGAAAAGAAACAAUGUAAUAUAUACAAAGCUAAAAAUUUGUGUCU